AUGGAGUCUAGGGGAGACAGCUAUGGUUGGGGCAUGGAUGGGACAGACGACGGCUACCAAAGAGGCUCCCGGCGGAAGAAGGUCUUCGACUACCUUAAAGCAGCAAACGACCUUCGUCAAGCUUAUUCGGCUCAAUGGAUGCAGCGAGCUCAAGAUAUGCAGGGCUCAAGCCGUGAAGUUCCGAAUGGCUUGACGGAUAUCGAACUGUCAAGAUCUGGGAAUGAAGAGAUGGUGCUGUUCCCAAGCUAUGGAAGGAAGCACGUGAAAGUUGAUGACGCAAAUGAUAAGAAGAGCGAUCAAGAUUGGCCGAAUCCACUUAGUGAUGAGAACGCUGACAAGCCACAGCCUCAAGGGACGGAAUAUUGGGAAAGCUUCUGGCACAAAUUCGAGACGGAGGACGCCAUUGUGGAUGUUGACGUUCGUGGAUGGAUAUACUCCCCCCAGAAAGACCCUAUGUCCCGCAAAAACAGGCUUUUGGUAGCUCUAGCAAGAAAAAUCAGUGGCAUACCUUCUCCCGACCCGGCUGACCCCAGUUUGACCGGCCAGGAAGAUGCUUCUGUCGACAACCAAGCAGAAUCCAUAGCAAGGAGACAAUCUGGCAACAACAAGCAGUCUUUGUUGCUAACCCAGGAUGAAAUAUCCACCGCGAAUGCCCAGUUAAUGGAGCGCCUUCGACCCUUUCUCACUAACCCAGCAGUCGGAAUGCCUGUGACAGUUUUCUUUUUCAAUGAUAUCAAGAGCCAGUCAAGAACAAUAUUAACAAAUGACGGCGGACAUUUUGCAGUUAGAGCCUCCCUGGAUUUCGCUCCCAGUCAUAUUAGGGUUCUGGCCUCUGAGAACCUCUCUGCGACCGAGGAGAUUAAAAUCACGGAGCCGAAUGGGGUUAGCCUAAUUAGUGAUAUUGAUGACACAAUAAAGCAUUCAGCAAUCAUCAGCGGCGCAAAAGAAAUGUUUCGAAACACCUUCGUGCGAAAUCUCGCGGACCUGUCGGUGCUCGGCGUCAAGGAGUGGUACUCAAAGCUAGCAAGUAUGGGCGUUGGGAUACACUAUGUUUCGAACUCUCCAUGGCAACUGUAUCCCCUUUUAAAGAAUUAUUUUGCCUUAGCUGGACUACCACCUGGCUCAAUGCACCUGAAGCAGUAUUCUGGAAUGUUUCAGGGUAUCUUUGAGCCAACGAGUGAAAGAAAGCGACCAACGCUGGAAAGGAUUAUUCAAGAUUUUCCUGACCGGCAGUUCAUUCUAGUGGGCGACAGUGGUGAAGCAGAUCUUGAAAUCUACACAGAGCUCGUUCUCGCCAAUCCCGGCAGGAUUCUUGCUAUUUUCAUUCGCGAUGUUACAACUCCCGCCACGAAUGGAUUUUUCGACAGGUCUAUAUCCCACUUUGAGAACCCAUUACCACGGAGCUCGAGCUGGAACACGUUUCAGGAACUUUCAAAUGAAGUAGGCAAGAGACCGCCUUUACCACCAAGGAAGCCUGAAGAAGCUACUACUAGCGAUUCGGGACUUGUCGAUUUGAUCGACCUAGAAUCGGACAACGAAGCUGCAGAUAAUUUAACAUCAGUCACCCGAAAGUUGUCAAAUAAUAGACCUAUCCCGCCAGUUCCUCCUUCAAAGCCUACAAAGCUUCGCGGUGGGUCUAUCGAAGCAAAGGACAACCCAGAACCAGACUCAUUAUCUAUGCUGAGAAGGAAGCCUGUUCCACCUCCGCCGGCCAAACCACGUGCACUAUCAGGCAACAGAAGCCCUUCUGAACGACCUCUGGGCACAUCAUCACUUGAAAACGUCUCAGUUCCAUAUUCAGCCCCCUCGCCUCGCCCUCGUGCCGCCCAGCCCCCUCCUGUCCCUCCACCACGAAGAAGUGGAACAAAUACAUCAGCGAAAUCACAUUCAGCCUCUUUCCAAUCACAUGCGCAGGCUUCGAGGACAGCAACAUCCAUAUCAGACCGGUCGUCAAACCACCCGAUGUCAUCAUCACCUUCUCUUAUAAUUCCUACUCCAAGGACCAGCACCCCACAACCUUUCUCCUCCUCUGAUACACCGAUACCUAAUAAACGGGAAGAGGCAUGGCGACGCCGUUGGCUGCGGGCAAGAGAAAUUCUUGAUCGCCGUGGAGUUGCCCUGCAUAGUUGGCGGGUUGGGGGUGACGUGCAAGAGGUUUGUGUUGGAUUGGUUAAACAAGCGCAGGGCAAUAUAAAGAAGUGA